CCGAAGCCCAUUCAAACCUCAAAAGCCCUCUCAAUCUCUCAGUUUAAGCACAUCUCAAUUGUCCCUCCAAUUCUUCCAACCCCCACCAAAAAUUGAAAGGCCAAUUAGUACGUAUAUAGUACAUGAUGGCACUUCGAAAACUCUUAACGCUUUUAUUUGUGCCUCUUUUAUUUCUCUCUACAACCAUUUUUGGCUACUCUUCAGAAGAUGUGAAGAAAUGGUGUAGCCACCCGAACCCUAAGCCAUGCGAGCAUUUCUUGAGCCAUAACCCCAACCACACCCCCAUCACCAAAAAGUCAGAUUUUCUCGAGAUUUCAAAGCAACUUGCCCUUGAACGUGCCACCAAAGCUCACACCAAAUUGAUUUCUCUAGGCACCAAGUGCCGGAACGCUCAUGAAAAGACUGCAUGGGCGGAUUGCCUCGAGCUCUACGAGAACACCAUCAUCCGGCUCAACAAAACAGCCAACCCUAGCUCAAAAUGCACCCAAACCGAUGCUCAAACAUGGCUCAGCACGGCUCUAACCAACCUCGAGACGUGCCGAGCCGGGUUCAUCGAGCUCGGGGUCUACGACUAUAUCUUGCCCCUGAUGUCAAACAACGUUUCGAAGUUAAUCAGCAACAGUUUGUCUACGAACCGUGCUCCAUAUUCUGAACAAAGCUACAAAGAUGGGUUCCCGACUUGGGUCAAGGGCGGGGACCGGAAACUCCUGCAGUCUUCUUCUCCGGCUUCCCAGGCCAAUAUCGUGGUGGCCAAAGAUGGAUCAGGAGAUUAUACAACGAUAAAGAAUGCGAUCAGCGCAGCGUCAAAGCGAUCGGGAAGUGGCAGGUAUGUAAUAUACGUGAAACAGGGGACGUACAAUGAAAACGUGGAGAUAAAGUCUAAGAACAUCAUGUUGGUGGGAGAUGGCAUAGGAAAAACGAUAGUCACAGGGAGUAAAAGUGUUGGAGGAGGUUCUACGACCUUCAAUUCAGCAACUGUUGCUGUCGUGGGAGAUGGAUUCAUCGGCCGAGACAUCACAAUCCGGAAUACAGCCGGAGCAGCAAAUCACCAGGCUGUGGCCCUGCGUUCAGGGUCGGAUCUCUCCGUAUUUUACAAGUGCAGCUUUGAAGGAUACCAAGACACUCUUUAUGUCCAUUCCAACAGGCAAUUUUACAGGGAAUGUGACAUUUAUGGGACAGUAGACUUUAUCUUCGGAAAUUCCGCUGUUGUUCUACAAAAAUGUAACAUCUAUGGACGCUACCCACCUAACAAGACCAUCACUGUCACUGCCCAAGGAAGAACUGACCCUAAUCAAAACACUGGGAUUUCCAUCCACGAUAGCAGAGUCACAGCAGCUUCUGAUUUAAAGUCUUCCCAAAGCUCGGUCAAGGUGUAUCUAGGGAGGCCAUGGAAGGAGUACUCACGCACAGUGUUCAUGAAAACCUAUCUAGAUAGCUUCAUUAACCCUGCUGGGUGGAUGGAGUGGAGCGGUGAUUUUGCCCUAAAAACAUUGUAUUAUGGGGAAUAUGCCAACACAGGGCCUGGCUCAUCCACCGCCAAUAGGGUCAAGUGGACUGGCUACCAUGUCAUUACUAGUGCAUCCACGGCUUCUCAAUUUACCGUAGCAAACUUCAUCGCCGGCGGUUCCUGGUUGCCGGCCACCAACGUUCCUUACACAGCUGGUCUCUAGCUUGCUGGCCUGUUGGGCGUAAUUUGCUUGCAAAUAAAUUGUUUCAUGCACGUAUGCCUUCAAAUAAUUCGUUUCAAUUGUUUCAAGUUGUAUACAUUAAUUCUUAAUAACCGUUGAGGUACUAAAUCGAGUUCCUCCUGGUAUGAAAAUUGUGAGUUGAUUGUUGUAAAAAAACGAAGACAAGGCAAUAUAUAAAUUAUUAAUUAGAGUAUAUAUUAUACAUCAUGUAUCAAAUAUUGUAUUCAAA